CUCGUUAGGUGAAUUGCAUAAACCUUCGCUCUCCCCUCUUUCCCUCCAUCAGAAGUUGAAGGGAAAUUCGCUUCGCAAUGGCGGAAGAAGCUCCUGCAUCUGAAACUUCAGUCACAAUGGCUCAACCCGCGGAAGCUGUCACUGUCUACGAAGCCCUAAACCCUGCUGAGAACGACAAAAGUGGAAUCUCUGUCGAUGCGGCAGCGCAAGGCGGCGAAGAGUCUGUGUCCAACGCUGAAACUUCUAGUGUGGCAUCUGGUAGCGAUCCUCAGAAGUCUCUGGAGUUGGCGGAUGAGUUUAUGGAUAAGGGAAGCAAGGCCAUGAAAGAGAACGAUUUUGGAGAGGCUGCUGAUAACUUUAGUCGUGCUCUCGAGAUCAGAGUCUCCCAUUAUGGUGAACUGGCUCCUGAGUGUGUUCACACAUACUACAAAUAUGGAUGUGCACUUUUGUACAAAGCUCAGGAGGAAGCUGAUCCUUUGGCUGAUGUGCCCAAGAAGGAGGAUGGAUCUCAGCAUGGCUCCAAUAAAGAUGGAUCUGUGAAGAGUUCUAUGAAUGCUGAAUCUUCUACUGCAUCCUUUUCAAGCAAUGUUGAGCAGGAUGUGACUUCAAAUGACCAGGGUGCAGCAGUGGAUGAUGGGUCCACUAAGAAUGACCAGGAAGAAGAUGGUGAGGAUAGUGAUGCUGAAGACUUGGCGGAAGCUGAUGAAGAUGAGACUGACUUGGACUUGGCAUGGAAAAUGCUAGAUAUUGCUAGAGCCAUUGUUGAAAAGCAAUCUGUCAAUACAAUGGAACAAGUGGAUAUAUUAUCAACCUUGGCAGAUGUUGCAUUGGAAAGAGAGGAUUUUGAAACUUCACUCUCGGACUACCGGAAGGCACUAUCAAUCUUAGAACAGCUGGUUGAACCAGACGAUAGAAAAAUUGCUGACUUAAAUUUCCGUGUAUGCUUGUGUUUGGAGGUUAGUUCUAAGCCUCAAGAAGCAAUUGCUUAUUGCCAGAAGGCUACAUCUGUUUGUAAAGCGCGAUUGAGUCGUCUCACAAAUGAAGUAAAGAGUUUGGAUUUGACAUCUGCUUCUGAUUUAGAGCAAGAUGCAAAAACAUGCCCCAGGUCUGAGUCGAAUAUCUCAGUUGUGGAUAAACAAGCAGAGAUUGAAACUCUCACAGGUCUCUCAAGUGAGCUGGAAAAGAAGCUUGAAGAUCUGCAACAGUUAGUCUCGAACCCAAAAUCAAUUCUCUCGGAGAUCCUAGGAAUAGCAGCUGCCAAGGCAGGCUGUGCGAAAGCAUCUCCAGGAACAGUGAGUUCCUCACAGUUGGCUACUGCCAACAGCGGUGGUGGUUUUGACUCACCAACCAUUUCAACUGCCCACACCAAUGGAUCUGCUGGAGUCACACACCUUGGUGUGGUAGGAAGAGGAGUUAAGCGGGCAUCAAAUGCUGGUGCGGCAGAUGGAAGCACAGCAAAGAAACCAGCGUUAGAAUCAACUGGAGACAAAGGUGACGGCAAUGCAUGCUGAUGUGUCUAGGUCAUAGUUCGAUUGUAUGGAGUGUUUAAUUUGAACUUUGAAUGUAACCAUACGUUUGGUAACUCUGAAGUAUUGAUAAGAUAAAUUCUAGCAAGUUCCAUGAUCAACUAUUUUCAGGGAAAGUGUUUUG